GUGCAGUCUCCAGUGUCCCCAGUGCAGUCUCCCACUCAACCACCAGCUCCACUUUCUCCCCAACCGUCACUACUACCUCUAGCUCAGUCUCCUGUACAGUCGCCUCUAGUUCGGGUUCCUGUGCAGUCACCCCUAGUUCAUUCCCCUGUGAAGCCAUCAACUCCACCACCCACUCCUCUCUCACCACCACCGUUACUCCAGACAUCAGUUCAGCCCCUUGUGCCAGUGCAGAUGCCCUCAGUUCAGUCUCCCGUGCAGUCAUCUACUUCACCACCUCCAGUAGCUCAGCUCCCCGUGUCUCCAGUAGCUCAGCUCCCCGUGUCUCCAGUAGCUCAGCUCGCACCUGACCCAUUGGCCCAGUUCUCCGUAGCAGUUCGGUUUUCUGGCCAGCGUAACAUUAAGCCAGGGGUCCCAAUUCCCUCUGGCUCUACAUCUGCUCCUGCUGGAAGCUCUGAUGAGCCCAUCCAGCACUCCGCGGCUCCCAUGCCGCCACCUGCCUUCUCCGCUGGAGGGUCCGAGGGGCCCGUGGUCCGAGGGGCCCGUUCAGCCGCCUGUCUCCCCUGGAGGGUCCGAGGGGCCCGUUCAGCCAUCACCGCCACCUGCAGCCUCAGAGCCUUCAUCGCCGCCCUUCUGCUCCGCCUUCGUCUGGCCCUGCCUCGUCUGGUCCUGCGGUUGCCACACUGUCAUGGGACCCAGCCCAUCCUGUCCCGCCUCGCCUCUGCCGGCCGUUUUCCGGGCCUCUAA